AAGAGAGGCGGACUUUCCACCGGUCUUUCAAAUACGCCUGUUACCGGCUUUAUCUCUUUAACUAUAUUUUAUGUUUUUCGGCGUGAUUACGUCAUUAGCUAGGAGACACUGACCGCAUUUGUUAAGACUAAAAAAAUGUUAGCCAGGUGUCAAUGGAAUACCGAACGUGAGCUGAGAGCAUGUGCGCAUGCGUACUUUCUGUUGCCUAGCAAGCGAAUGUUUCAUUAUUUACAGCUUUAAAAACAUCGUCAUACCGCCGAAAGAAACCAAAACGUUGAGUUCGAAGGCUUAAUAGGAAGCCGGAGCAGGAUGGAGAAGGUCAUUAACUGUUUUAGGAAACAUCCAGAAGCAGCAGUUCGGCUCGUCUGCUUCCCCUGGGCUGGUGGAGGGUCCGUGCAUUACGCUCGCUGGGGACAAACGCUCGACAGCUCCGUAGAAGUGUUGGCUGUCAAACUUCCAGGCCGGGAGAGUCGAGCCAAAGAGACGUUCUUUGAAAACAUGCAGCAGAUCGUGGACGAGGUUGUCACCGUUCUGCUGCCGCUGCUGAGAGAGAAGCCGUUCGCUCUGUUCGGCCACAGUUUCGGUGCCUUCACCAGUUUAGCAGUGGCAGACGCUCUGAAGAGGAGUCACAACCUUGAGCCUGUUCACCUCUUCCUGUCUGGAGCCUCAGCGCCUUAUUCCGAGACUCGUCUCAGAGCUCCAAAGAGAAGCCAGUUAUCGGACGACGAUUUUCUCAAAUGGCUCAUUUCCAUUGGAGGAACGCCUCCAGAACUUCUCGCCAAGCCUGACGUUCUGAAGCUCUUUCUCCCAGCGCUGAAGGCUGACCUCCACGUGGUGGAGAGCUUCCGAUAUGAGAAACCUGACCGACCGUUUCUCUCCUGUCCUGUCUCCUGUUUGGACGGAAAGGAUGAUGUUCCUCAUGAGCUGCAGGCCUGGAAAGACAUCACAUCUGGAGACUUCACCAUCCGAAUGUUUGAAGGGUCACACUUUUAUCUGAAGGAUCCCCAAAAUGAGAAAAGUAUAUUGCACUACGUCAGACAGCAGCUGGAGACGUCGGACAUGGACUACCUUUGAUAACUAGUAUAAGCUUAAACCAAGCCUCUUGGAAAGUGAAAUAUAUACGGAAAUUGAAAAAAAAAUACUUGUUGUUGUCCCUUAACGUGUGGAUGUGGUUUCACCAGUGAUUUGCUGUGAUGUCCUGGUGUAAACACUAGA